UCAACGUGUAUCAGUGGUUCGCCGUUCAGCAGAGUAGGUUGUUACAAACAAUACUGUUAUACAGUUGUAAACGUAAUGAACUUAAUUAAACAAAAUGAAGCAUUUUUAUUUGUUAUUGACAACCUUUGUGUUUUUUAUUGUAAUGUUGGAACUAGUGGAUGCAUGGAGGGGAAAUUAUUAUGCAGUAAGACGAAGUAGAAGUGUAAGGGAGAAAUACUGUGCAAUGUGGUACAACUGGUGGGGAUGUUCAUGGUGGAGAUAUUACUGGAGAACUAUUUACUAUACUGAAAAUAUUUGUAGACCUGGAUGGACACACAAUGGCGAUCAAAACUGUAACAUACCUGUAUGCCAGCCGAGGUGUCAGAAUGGCGGAACUUGCACAAAUCCAAAUGUCUGCCAGUGUCCUUCUUGGUCUCUGGAAGUAGGAUGCGCUUCAUUGACAUGUUCUUAUAGAAGUCCCUGUUACCCUGGAGACUGCACAAGUGGCACCGAAUGUACAUGUGAACCUGGCUUCAUAAAACAAAGUCAAUCUGAUGGUUGUAUAGGAUUUGAUUCUACAAGUGACGAGCUACGCCCAGUUGUCGGUAAGAGUAACGUAACAUUGUCUCAUAUCAGGAAAAUUGAUGGUGCAGUUAUUUUUAUGUUCACUUUAGAGGGUCUGGAGGAGAAAAAGUCCGGAAAACUGGAAAUUAUUUGGUGCAACCAGAAGCGAUUCAAUAAUCUCUAUUUCGAGUAUAUAACAUAUUUCUCUCAGCCGGAAAACUUGCCAAAGAGACCAAACUAUGUGUCUGAAGGGGAAAUAGGAAUAGUAGAAAGCAUCAUAGAAGCAAACGUCAGCAAAGUCCCCAGAGAUGGUGGCCUAAUUAGAGACGAAGGAUCAUUUAAAGUCUAUAAAUGUGAGGGUGGUUUCUCAAAGGACAAUCCAGCAGCUGAGCUGGCCACUUGUGUAAUUGACGAUGAACAGUUCAAGACACUCAUUGAACAUGGAGAUUGGUUGAACAUCAAGUUCAAGUCAUCAUCAGGGGGUUUCCAACAGUUGGUCAAUAUAGAUGAUCAGAGUAAUCUUUAUGCUCGGAAGUACUACAAAGGUCUGCAAGAUAUUCGAGAGGUACAGUUCAAUUUCGACUUUAUUGCACCUAAACAUUGUCUAGAAACAAAGACAUGCAAUUCAGCAUCAGAUAUACUUCGUGUUGAAAAGGAAUUCACAAAGGACCCUAUAAAGAUUCUCUGGUCCGAAUGGAUUGACGAACUAUGUGGCGUUUGGGAAUAUUACAUAGAAGUGUUUAAACUAACACCAGAUCGAUAUGACAAACUUAUCGAAGCAGAACCUUUGAAGCCUGUAUUUAAGGAAACCAUUCCACACAAUAGAAACAUUGCCUAUCCUUCUUACAAGCCGGAAGAACCGGGCAUGUACAGUGUUCUGAUGGAAACUAGAGAUUUCGCAAAUAACUCAAGAAUAGCCCGAAGACUUGUAUUAUUUGAUGACCAAUCGGACAUUACCCUCAAUGAAAACCCUGACGGAAAACUGUACGUGAGUUCAGCUGUUAAUGAAACUGGGUAUAUGUGGCAGACUUCAAGUGAAUGGAAUGAUGUAACUAUCGAUGUAGCCUGGUCAAAACAUUUUAUUAAUAAGAUUAUUGAAGACAACAAGUUGCUUUAUCGUGUUGACUCAUAUCCAAUCCAAUUCAAGGAAAUUGAAGAUGAUGGCAUACUUUAUAGUCAAAAAUUCGUACAAGAUUCCUUAGACGACAAUGAAGGAAAUCGAACUCUUGACGCUAUUGAAAAUUAUCACGGAAUCGUAAAAUUUGAAGUAGCAACUGUUUUAUCAAUAGAUGACGAGGAACCAAAGUCCACAUGGAAAAUUCUGUACCCAUUUCAAGAGAAAACCUCAAUUCAGUUGAAGCUACAGGAGGGAAGCCGUGUACGCGUGUGGGUCCGAGCAACAGAUGUAAUGGGAAAUGUAAAAACAGACAGUACUUUGGUAAGGUUUGAUAACACAGAACCUACUAUAUCUACUCGCGGUGAUGGUCACAUGUUUGAACCGAACAUUGAAAGUACGAAAUUUAAUUUCUCUUCAAGGAUAAAGUUCCUUGCCUCUGACAAAGAGAGUGGCGUACAUAAGAUUGGAUUUUCUAUCACAAUUAAAACUACAGACAAGGAAGACAGGGUUAUAUAUGAAGGCUUUGCACCAGCUUCGAUUUCAAAUUCCACUGAAGACCCACUCUGUUUUGUGAUAGAAGGGAUGUGUUUUAAACCGUACCAGAAUUUAUAUUUGGAUAACUGCUGGUUCAUGGUCAGCAAGAGUGAUCUUGACAAUAGUACAGCUUCUGUUGAAGUUUAUGCGUAUAACCAAGCCCUACUAAAUAAAUCCGUGACGUUUGACAUUGGACCUGUGAAAAAUCUUCAGGGAAUCGAAAAAUAUCCUGAAAAUAUACGUAUAGAAUCUCCAACCACAGACGGCUUCCGUGUCGCCUGGGACAUUCCUAAGACUGCAUCCUGUUGUGAAAAGACGGAAACAGUAUUGAUUCUCCUUAAAAAGGAUGGCAAAGAUCCGAUCCAGACAUAUUAUACUUCUGGUUCAAGCAAAUAUUAUGAUAUCACUGGUCUUGAUAGUGCCACAGAAUACCAAGUCAAUUUCGGAAUGAAAAUACCACAAGCUUAUGCAAUUCAGCAAACAGAUAUUUCAUUAUAUGUGAAAACAGUAUCAAUUGAGGGACCUUAUGGAGCAGAAAGUAACAUAGGACUAAUAAUAGGAGUGAUUGUUGGAACAGUGGUUAUACUGGUUGUCGGAAUUGUUGUUAUGAUCUUCCUAAUUAGACGGGGGUACAUACAUCCGGCUAAGAGGUUUCGAAGUGUUCGGAGAUCCAUCACCCAGAGGGUAAGAAACACAACACACAAAGGACAAGGAGAGCUAAGACAGGAUGGGUCUCAAUCAGGAAAAAUGGAUUAUGAUAACCAAGAAAGUGAAAUGUUUAUUUACAAUGGUAUGGAUGUACAAGCACCACAUAUGUGGCACAUAAACAGGAACAAUAUUGCUUUAGAAGCAUUGAUCAAAAAUGGACACUUUGCUAACAUCUAUAAAGCUAGACUUGAUCUGGUUGUAGCAAAAACAUUAAAAGAACAAUUUACACCUGAAGACGAGUUACUUAUGAAAGCUAAAAUCCAUUUCACUGUUGAGAAAGUCGGAAGUCAUCCCAAUGUCCUGGAGUUUAUUGGCGCUGUUGUACAAGAUAAUACUAUGGGGCCAUUUAUGAUUUACGAGUACUGCGAGAAUGGUGUAUUAAGGGAUUACUUAGUCGAAAGAAAAAACAACGUUUCCGUGGAAUUUAAAGGAAACCUAUUCCGAUUUGGUCUGGGCAUUGCUAAAGGAAUGGAAUUUCUAGCUGGAAAAGGGAUUGUUCAUCGGCGUUUGGCUGCUCAAAAUAUUCUUCUGAAUUCCCAAAACGAGGUGAAAAUUUAUGGCUUUGGACCACAGUCUCUGGAAGAAGAAGAAGGAGAUGCUGAAAAAGGAGAGAUGGAGAACAAACUAUUAAAAUGGAUGGCUCCCGAGUGCAUGGAAUCUUCCCGUAAUGCAACAGAAAAAAGUGAUGUUUGGUCAUUUGGUGUAGUUUUGUGGGAAAUUUUCUCCCUAGGGGACAUACCAUAUACGGGAAAAGAUAUUGACCUUCCAAAACGACUCGAGGAAGGAGAACGCCUUGAACAGCCGGAACACUGUGAUGACACAUGGUAUGCAGUCAUGAAGAAAUGUUGGUCAUAUGAAGCAAGUAAAAGACCGACAUUCGAGUCUGUUAGACAAGAACUGGAUAACCUGCAUUCAGCGGCAAACAGUGAUGACUAAUGUCCGACAAGAACGGGAUAAAUUGCGUCAUAUUUUACAGGCGAUUCUUGAUUAAAUGGCAAAUAGCUGAUUCAGCUACGCUAAGCGAAAAAAUAAUUUACGUACGCAAGAAAAUACAUGACUGAAUAAGAUUUGUGCAUUUAGUAAAAUACGUAUACUGAUAUGACGUUAGUUGAGAAAUAUCUAAAGUGAAAGUUGCAGAAAGAAUGAUUCAUUAUCUUUUACUUAACUUUGAAAGAUGAUUGCAUGCUCUAACCAGUUUGUGUUACCUGUAGAUGACUUGUACAUAUAAAACUUAUAUCAACAUUUAUUAUAUAAGUAUACAUGUUUUUCCUUAUAUACACGUUGCUCAUGUAAGCCCUUAUUAUGUUUGUGACGGUACCACAUAUGGAAUUGCCGGACUAUUGUUUUCCUUUAUUUCCUAUCUAAGCUGUGCAUCACGUCUUUGUUUGGAAACGGGAACCGAUGCUACAUAGAGCUUGGCUUUUUUGUGCAAAAAUGAUGUAUUCAUCCGUCAUUCAGGAAUAUUAUUUCUUGACAGCUAUAUUUUUGUUUGUGAAGUAACAAAUUGAAGUCCGCUUUACAUUAUAUAGUAUUUAUUUUAUUUAUUUAUUUUAUUUAUUUAUUUAUUUAUUCAUUUAUUUGUAAUUUGUUUUAAUCUAUAUCAUGAUCGUUUAUCAUAUAACAUGUUUACCUUUAUGCCGAAAUAAAUCUAUCUAUCUAUCUAUCUAUCUAUCUAUCUAUCUAUCUAUCUAUCUAUCUAUCUAUCUAUCUAUCUAUCUAUCUAU